AUGUGGGGCACGUGGCCCAGAUUUUUGGGAUCCAAGUCUGUUGCAGGAUGGGUUACUCAGGCUGUGAUUGGACAACUGGUUGAGCUUGGCAGGUUUGGGCUGGGAUGGGUUACUCAGGCUGUGAUUGGACAACUGGUUGAGCUUGGCAGGUUGUUUUUGGAACCUUUAGCUCUGAUGGAUCCAGAGUCCUUUGGCAAUAGCACCACUAACGCACCUAGGAAGGUGAGAUUUGCUCCUAAAGUUCCUCCUCGCAGAGUACAAAAUCCCAUUGUACCUAAAGCAGAAAAAAUUGAGGAUGCUGAUGCUGCCCAGGCAGAGGAAUUGUUGCGGCGUUUCAAUGAGACUUCUAUGAAGGCAAAGCCUAAAGUUGAAAAGAAAUCAGCACCUAUUCGAGUUGCAUUUGGCUAUGGAGGGACAUCGACUUCCAUAAAAUCAUAUGGCGCGCAUAAGGGUGGCAUUGGUAGUAGCAGAUGCCAAGGUUCCUCUUCUGAUGGUGGCGGUGCCUAUGCCUCGGGUCAGAAAGUACACAAAGAAUACAAGGAACCAUGGGAUUACUACACUUACUAUCCUGCAACACUUCCUCUGAGGAGACCGUAUUCAGGAAAUCCAGAAAAUCUUGAUGAAGAGGAGUUUGGGGGGGCUUCAGAAAGCAUCGUUUAUGAUGAAUAUUCCACAGAUCCAGCUACGGAUCUUGGUCUAAUGGAGGAAAAUGUCGAAGCAAGCAUGUUCUUCCUUCAGUUACCAGCUAUUAUGCCUAUGACUAAGCAAUCAACUAAUACAGGGGUCCGAGAGAUGGCCAGUAGUUUGAAUCCAACAAAGGGAGUUGACACCUCAGAAAAGGCAUGUCAGCUACAUGAGUUACCAUCAGGCUUCAUGGGUAAAAUGUUGGUGUACAGGAGUGGUGCUAUCAAGAUGAAGCUUGGAGAUACCCUUUAUGAUGUUUCUACAGGUUUGGACUGUGCAUUUGCCCAGGAUGUUGUUGCCAUCAAUACAGAAGAAAAGCAUUGUUGCAUUGUGGGGGAACUCAACAAGCGAGCCAUCAUAACUCCAGACGUGGACUCUAUUUUAGGUAGUAUACCUGAUGAUUUAUGAUAGUUUUGCUUAUUGGCAAGAAAAAUAUUGUUUUACAUUAAGGAAUCUGAGAGGAGUUAAUCUUUUUAAAGUGGUGGUUUUUAUAACUUGAGUAAUCAGAAACAUAUGGUGAGGAAGAUUGAUCAAAAUAAUUUUUUGGAAUACUUUGCGAGAUAAAUCAAAGAAUUUUUUCUGGGCAGUACUAUGUGUAGUCUAUAGAUAAUUCUCUACCGAUGUAACUUCUUAACCACUAUAUAAUUCCUUCACUUAUUUGACAUCACAAGAG